UUCCAGGUGAGCUGGUAAUUUGCUUAGUUAGUUAUAUUUUCCUGAUGAAGCAAGUACGAUAGUAAAGAGAGAAAAUGCCGCUGGUUAAACGAAGUGUUACGCCGUCGUCACUUUGUCGGCAAAAACUGCCGAAAAAUAUCGGAAGUGAAUUGGAAUGUGUUACUAACAAUACAUUAUCAGGAGUUAUCAUGCAACUCUCAUCACUCUCUCAUCAUGCAGAAGAUGUAUUCGGUGAACUUUUCACAGAAGCCAACUCAUUCUACUCGAGAGCAAACACGUUACAAGAUCGCAUCGAUAGACUUUCUGUAAAAGUCACGCAACUCGACUCGACCAUUGAGGAAGUUUCCCUCCAUGACAUAAACAUGAGAAAAGCAUUCCGAUCAAGUGGGACAACAGAUCAACAAGUUGUUUCAAGGGAGUCUCUUCCAGCUACGUUGAUUGAAACUUAUAAUCAAGCUGAUAAACCCCCUCCACUCCAAGAUCUCAACCAAUUCAGAGAUGAUGACAGAGAUGCUCUGAAGAUUUACACCGAUCCCGAUUAUUUCUUCAACUUAUGGAGGGAAGCGAUGCAGAAAGAGAUGAGGGAGGCGAAGGAAAAGAGGAGGGAACAGAGAAAACGGGAGCGUCGAGCCAACCUGGGUUCCGACAAAAUCAACCAGUUCGUAAAGCAAUCCCAAAAUCUCGGCUGAAAGCUCAACAAAUGCAACAGGGUGUUGAAUUCAUUGAAUCAAAUUCCCCACAAAUUAAUCACGUACAAAAGGAGGCUCCAGCAACAAACUCCCCUUCCCCCGAGUCAUACACCAUGACCCCACCACCACCUCCCCAGAGCGACGGGUUCCCCUCUCCUGACGAUGGGUACAUGAAGAACUCCCAAUCGAGCCCCCUACCCCCUUAUAUAACGGACAACCCACCCCCUUACUUUCCGGACGGUCCACCCCCCGUG